AUGAGCCGAAGCAGCUGGUGGUUGGGUUUGUUGGUGUUUGGGCUUCUCGUGGUUCUGUGUGGAGGAGCCAGGCAGUGUGUGAGAGGGGUGAUAAUCAACGUGAUCCUCCUGGAGGAUCAGGAGUCUCCCUGGAGCCUGAAGUAUGUGAAAAGAGAAAUCCUGGAGGCUAUCGAGGAAGACGCUGCCAUUAAUGCUGCAGAAGGAAUGGGCUUUAAUCUCACAGCCAACUUCGAAGGGUUCAACACAACUAUUUACAGACAAAAAGGUUGUGGGAGCAGCGUCUGUGAGGGAGUGGAGAAGCUGACCAAACUCAUGGUUUCAGACGAGCUUGGCUGUGCUGUGCUCGGGCCAACCUGCACCUUAGCUACUUUCUCAAUCGUUGAUUUAGAAAUAGGUCUGAACCUCAGGACGCCCAUCCUCUCCGCAGGAAGCUUUGGACCCUCCUGUGACUACACUCUCAACCUGCAGCGCCUCCUGCCACCGGCGCGCAAGAUCUCAGACUUUUUCAUCCAUUUCUGGUUGAACAAAAACACCAUCAAGCCGCAGUGGGAGACGGCCUACGUUUACAAGAAACAGAACAACACAGAGGAUUGUUUCUGGUAUAUCAACACGCUUGAAGCGGACGGAAAGUUUGCCACAAACAUUUCUGUUACGAUGCUGCGGAGACCUGAAGAAGUGAGAGACAUCGUCACACCUCAGAAAAACAGGACGAGCAACUUGUUCAUCAUAUGCGGCUCACCGAUGGACCUACUGGAGGUGAAAAAUGGCUCUAAAGCAGCAGACAGCAGUAGUUUCCUCUUCGUCCUUAUAGAUCUCUACAAUGAUAUAUACUACACCAACACGUCAUCACUGCCAGAGAUGAGGAAUGUGCUGGUGUUGACCAUGCCCGACACCAGAAAGUACGCCAUCAACUCAGACCUGAACGACAACAACACAAUGAAUGACUACAUGGCUGCGUACCAUGACGCUGUGCUGCGUAUCGGCCAUGUGAUGAGAGAAAUCGCUGAGACGAAUCAGUCGGAAAUUCACGGAAUGGACUUCAUGAACGUAAAUUACUUCAGAAACACCUCGUUUAAUGGGUCUGCAGGAGAUUAUAAACUGGACGCUCAUGGAGACAGAGACGUGAAGCUCACAGUCAUUUACACCACAACGAACAACAAGUAUAAAACUUUAUUCACCUUUGACACUGAGUACAACCUAACCAAAGUGGUGGACAAGGAUCCUCUUUACAUUUGGGGAAAGAGACUUCCUGAGGGCAGGCCAGACAAUGGGCCUGCUCCUCAUGACAUCAUCGUCGGCGUGUUGGCCGUCACGGUGGUUGUCGUGGCAACUGUUGCGUUUAUUUUCUACAGACAGAACAGGAAGGAUCGUCUGCUCAGGAAGCGUUGGUCCCACAUUAACUUGGAUCUCAUCUCACUGCUGGAGGACACUGAACCCAACCUUAUCUCCCUGAAGAUAGAAGAAGAGAGGAAGAAGGUGAAGUUUAAGAUCCGCCGUGCACUCUAUGAUAAGAAGAUUGUGAUUCUGAAGGAGCUGAAAAACUCAGAUGGGAACUUUAACAAAACCCAGAGGAUAGAGCUAAAUGCGCUUCUGCAGAUCGACUAUUACAGCCUCACAAAGUUUUAUGGCACGGUCAAGCUGGAUGAAGGAGUGUUUGGAGUGUUUGAGUACGGAGAGCGGGGCUCUCUCAAGUAUGUGCUUAAUGAAAAGGUGUCUUACCCAGAGGAGACGUUCAUGGACUGGGAGUUCAAAAUAUCCGUCAUGUACGACAUCGCCAAGGGCAUGUCCUACCUUCAUGCCAGCGACAUCCAAGUCCACGGUCGCCUCAAGUCCACCAACUGCGUGGUGGACAAUCGCAUGGUGGUGAAGAUCACAGACUUUGGUUGUAAUGCCUUCCUUAGCAGCAGCAAAGAUUUGUGGACAGCGCCGGAGCACCUGAGGAACCAGGGCACUUCUCAGAAGGGAGAUAUCUAUAGCUUUGCCAUCAUCUGUCAGGAGAUUAUUCUCAGAAAGUGCACCUUCUACAGCCAGUCCUGCUCCAGCCGAUCAGAAAAGCUGUCCAGAGUGAUGACGUCCUACUUCAGGCCCGAUCUUUACUUUGAGACGGCUUCAGAGAAAGAAUUUGAGGUGUACAUGAUGAUCAAAAGCUGCUGGGAUGAGGAUCCAGAAAAAAGACCCGACUUUAAAAAAGUGGAAAACUGCCUGGAGAAAAACAUCAGCAAAAUUCACAACCAGGAGAACGAGAGCUACAUGGACAACAUGAUCCGAAGGCUGCAGAUGUACUCCAGAAACCUGGAGCACCUGGUGGAGGAAAGAACCGUCCUCUACAAAGCAGAGAGGGACCGGGCCGACUGCCUCAACUUCAUGCUGCUUCCUGGCCCGGUGGUGAAAAGCCUAAAGGAGAGCGGUGUGGUGGAGCCAGAGCUGUACGACGAGGUGACCAUUUAUUUCAGCGACAUCGUGGGCUUCACCACUCUGUGCCAGUACAGCACACCCAUGGAGGUCGUGGACAUGCUGAACGACAUCUACAAGGGCUUUGACAGCAUCGUCGACCACCACGAUGUGUACAAGGUGGAGACGAUCGGCGACGCCUACAUGGUUGCCUCUGGCCUGCCGAAGAGAAACGGGAACAGACAUGCGGUGGACAUUUGCCACAUGGCUCUGGACAUUUUAGCCUUCAUGGGCACCUUCCAGCUCCGACAUCUGCCAGGUAUCCCCGUGUGGAUUCGCAUUGGUGUGCACUCAGGUCCUUGUGCAGCAGGUGUUGUGGGGAUGAAGAUGCCCAGAUACUGUUUGUUUGGAGACACAGUCAACACAGCGUCUCGCAUGGAGUCUACCGGACACCCGCUGCGGAUACAUGUCAGCGAGCCUACCAUAAAUAUUCUGCAGAGGACAGACUGCAAGUUUGAGUACGAGGUCAGAGGAGAGACGUAUCUGAAGGGUAAAGGCACUGAAACAACUUACUGGUUGACUGGAGAAACUGGAGAAGACUACGACCUCCCUGCUCCACCCACAACAGAGAACUUCCAGCGUCUGCAGCAGGACCUGGCCCACAUGAUCCUGGCGUGUCUGGAACGCCGCCCUCGAAGGUCAGUGAGGAGGAAGAGGACGUACCGGAGUGGAGGGAAGGCGGACGAUGAAGACCAGGAGUCGGAGAGCGAGAGCAGCCACCCUGAGUACCUGCACCUGGCCACCGUGGACAACACCCUCAGCACCUUCCUGUAGGGGACAGUGUGAGGUCCUGCAGGGCUCUGUGCAGAGA